AUGUCCUCCCCAGUUCGUAGGAGAGGACGCUCCUCAAAUCAGCCCACGGCUUCGCCGUCUUCCGUGAGAACUCGCGAGCCCCCGAGCAGCCCGACUCACCAAGCGACUACCCCCCGCGCAGCCGGCCGCCUCGCCGCUCAAGGAAAUGUCCCGUCCUCCUCUCCGAUGUUCUUCCAAUCAUCUCCAUCCCGAAGCAAUCGCGGGGAGAAACCCCUGACGUGCGCAUGGGUGAAGCCAGCUCGGUUAUUGAUGAUGGCGACCGGACACCCCGAGCGGGUGGAGGAAUGCGAGGUACGGCAAUCAAUCUCUGCAGAUUGA